AUGACGGUGCUAUCGGACCUUGCAGGUGCUUCCCCCAGCGCCCUAGUGGCACUGGCGAUCUCUCUGUCUCUGUACACAUGUUAUAGUGUGUUUAUAUCAUACUGGAGACUCCGCGAUGUACCGGGACCAUUCUGGGCGAAAUUUACUGAUUUCCAACGAAUGUUCUGGGUCAAGACGAUGCGUGCUCAGGAGAUCCAUCGAGAAGCACAUGAGAAGUAUGGAGACUGCGUCCGAUUUGGACCAAACACCGUAUCCCUGUGUGAUCCAGCAAUGAUUCCUAUCCUCUAUCCCAUGAGGAGUGGCUUCCCCAAGAGUUUGUUCUACCGAGGAAUUAUGCCUUACGCAAAAGGCGGUGCUUUCCCUGCAGUUUUCACUACUCAAGACGAACAAAUGCACAAGACUCUGAAAACACCAGUGGCAUCUCUUUACUCUCUGACUAACGUGAUUAAUUUCGAACCCUUCAUCGAUGAAGUGCUUGAGGUUAUGUUUAACCAGCUGGAUGCCCGUUUUGUUGAAACAUUUGCGGUCUUUGAUCUCGGAGAUUGGAUCCAGUACUUUGCUUUUGAUGUCAUGGGUACAAUGACCUUUUCGAAGCGAUACGGAUUUCUGGAAAAUGGAAAUGAUGCAAACGGCCUUCUCCGUGCUAUAUGGGACUUCAUGUUGACUAUUGGCCCGAUGACGCAGUUUCCGAAAUUGGACAGAAUUCUCUACAAAAGUUUUAUUGCCGAUAUAUUGAAGAAUCAAGUUGCUGUCCCAAUUCUGAGAAUUGCAUCAGAAGCUGUCGAAGCGCGGCAGAAAGAUGCGCAGAAAUUUUCCGUCGAUGAAAAGAAGACUCCUGGGAAGGGCGACUUCCUGUCUCAUUUCAUCAGGAUCCAGGAAACCAACAAUUCCAUUCCGGCUUGGGCAUCGAAGACAUGGACAUUUUCAAAUGUUAUUGCUGGCUCAGAUUCCACAACUGUAGUCAUGCGUACUGCUGUAUACCACCUUCUCGCCAAUAAAGACUCUCUUGCAAAAUUGGUUCGAGAGUUCUGCGAAGUAGAUGCAAAGUCUGGUCUCACUCGCCCAUUUCCAAAAUGGAAUGAGGUGAAAAAUCUCCCGUAUUUGGAUGCCUGCGUGAAUGAAGCUGUUCGUCUGCAUCCUCCAUUUGCACUUCCUCUAGAGCGUGUUGCACCAAGGGGUGGAGUGACCAUUAGUGGACAUCAUUUUCCAGAGGGUACAUGCAUUGGGAUGAAUCCCUAUGUUGUCAACAGACAUCGCCCGACAUUUGGUGAGGAUGUUGAUGCGUGGAGACCAGAGCGGUGGCUUGUAGAUGACCCGGCUUUGAGAAAGAAGCUCGAAGGGAGUGUUAUGACUUUUGGUGCCGGUAGACGCACAUGCAUCGGCAGAUAUAUUGCUUUCUUGGAAAUUAAGAAGCUUUUGCCUGCCCUUUUUUUGAAUUACGACAUCGAGCUUAUUGACCCAAAAUCAUAUUUUGUAGAGAGCUCUUACUUCUUUAGACAGGAAGGCAUCGAUGUGCGGAUCCAGAGGAAGGUGUUCUAG